AUUUUUGACAUUUUCUAGUAAAUAAUACAUGAGUCAUGUACUUGGCCCGAUUAGAGGAGAGAAGACUCCAAAAUGAAAUUACUAGAGAUCAACAUUUUACAGGUUUGGUGAUUAAUUUUGAUCAGAAAUCUUGAAGAAUAGUUUCUUAUUUUUAACCAUGAUAACUGCUUUUUAAUGAUAGGAAGUUAAGAAAAGUAAAACACUGGAGGAAAACUGGAAAGAAUUCUUUUAAAUUUCAGAUUCUCACUGCCUAAUUUCCUCAUCUCCUCUAAAUUCAAGUUCAUCAACAGAUCUAAUACUAAUAU